UUUUCAAUAGGAGUUGAAGCAACCUCGGAAAAUGAAUACCUUCGUCCAUGUUACUUUACAAAUUGGGCCCAAUAUCGCCAAGGGAGGGCCAAAUACUUACCCGAACAUUAUAUUCCCGGUCUGUGUACACACAUUCUUUAUGCUUUUGGUUGGAUAAAUGAAGACGGGACAGCUAGGCAUUUUUAAAUUUGAAUAAACUCCAAAAUUAUUUUCCUAUUAGAGCGUACGACCCUGCAGAUUUACCUAGCGAUUGGCAACCUAAAGGGAUGUAUGCGCGUGUAAACGAUUUGAAGAAAUCCGAUCCAACAUUAAAAACACUUCUUUCAUUCGGCGGCUGGUCCUUUGGUACUCGUCUUUUCCAACAAAUUACAUCCUCUCAGCAAAAUCGUCAAAAAUUUAUCAAUUCUGCAAUUGCUUUUGUUCGUUUACACAAUUUUGAUGGAGUUGAUAUAGAUUGGGAAUAUCCUAAAGGAGAGAUAGACAAGCUCAAUUUGAAUUAUUUUUUAAAGGUGGGGGGUUUUAAUUUUACAAUUGUAAAAUUAAAACAAGUUGAGAAACAUUCCUAUUUUACCAAACAAGAAUUCAAAGAUGCAAUUUCCUCAGAGAGCGUAGCCAGUUACAAACCAAAAUUACUUUUAACAGCUGCUGUAGCAGCCGGAACAGAAAAUAUAGAUGCUGGUUAUGAUAUUCCAACAAUUUCAAAGUAUUUGGAUUUUAUUCUUUUAAUGAGUUACGACUUUCAUGGGGCGUGGGAGCAGAAAACUGGAAUGAACGCUCCCCUAUAUGGAAGGGCUACUGACCCUCCUGAAUUAAAAAAUUGGCAUGUAUCUGGUGCCGCAAAUUAUUGGUUCCUCAAAGGAAUGCCUAAAAAUAAAAUUAUUGUUGGAAUUCCAACAUAUGGUAGAGGAUGGACUUUAACUCAUCCACAAGACCAGCGAGGAUUGGAUGCUCCAGGGAGUGCUGCUAAACCAACAAAAUAUGUUCAGACAGGUGGUACUGCUGCCUACUAUGAGUUUUGUGAAAUGUUGGCCAACGGGGCUGAGCAUCAUUUCAACAAAGAAAUGCAAGUUCCCUAUUUGAUUUCUGAUAAAGACCAAUGGUUUAGCUAUGAAGAUGUUAAUAGUGUUCGAAUAAAAAUUAAUUGGAUUAAACAAAACAAUUUUGGCGGAGCUUUUGUGUGGACUCUUGACUUUGACGAUUUUAAUGGGCUAUGUCCAGAUGCCCAACACCUUGGCAAAUAUCCCUUAAUUGGUGCUAUAGCUAGUGAAUUAACCAACAAAACGAUUAAUACUAAAUUAAUACAACCCUCAAUUCUCCCCUCCCCCUCCCCAAUUGCACCAACAACAACUUUAAUUUCUCCAAUAUCUAAUUGUAGCACUAAUAGACUUCCUUCUAAUAAUAAUAAUAAAUUUUGUGUUGGCAAAAAAGAUGGAUUUAUGCAACUACCUCAACAGUCCCUUUCUACGUUGUAUUUACCUGAAGAAUUUUUACUUUGUCUUUCUGGCAAUGCUUUUUCAAUGUGGUGUCCUAAAGGAUUACAUUUUAAUGGCAAUUAUGGAUUUUGUACAUUUCCUCUACACACUUCUUCACCCCCACCAUUUCCAUUUCCCGAGCAUCAUUCAAAACGAACUUUAAUAAAUACACAACCUUCUAACAAAAAAAGUUUAAAAAUUAUUUUUAAUUUUAAUUUGAUUUUUAAAGAAUUUGUCUGCAUUUCUGAUGGAUUUUUUGCAGAUCCUAACAGUUGUGUGCAUUUUUAUCGUUGUGUUGGUACAACUGCUUACAGGUGAAUUUUUAACAACUUUGUGUGUUUUAUAAUGAAAUGUUUGUGUUUUUGUA